GCGCAUUCGAAAAGAAUGUUCAUCGCCCCCACAAAAUGGCUACUCGUUCAGGAUCGAAGAAUAACGAUUGAUAACAUCAACAUAACUUCCACGUAUGAUAACUUAGAGAUAUUUGAAGAUUUAGCUGUCUACCCUGAUAGUGACGUGGUCCUCGCUCAACGGUUCAGUGAUGAUUUUCUUCAGCUGACGUCUGUGUAUCGUCCAAGUCCACAACGAAAAGUAAUAUGGGAAAAUCGGGGAAACUGGACGAUUAAGAAUGGUUUACGAAUGAAUACUUUUGACGUGGCUUCGGCACGGAGGAGGAAUCUUCAGCAGUCAACUCUUAAAUCUUGUCUCGUGUUUACAAAUCCUGACACGAUCAAUCACUUGACUGAUUUGAAGUAUAGAACCAUAGAUUCUAUGGCAAAGAUUAAUUAUAUCUGGAUACACCAUUUAAUAAACCGGAUGAAUGCAACGGUAACUUUCGAUAUUUUGGAUAACUGGGGACACAACAAAAAUGGAUCUUGGGAUGGGAUGACCGGAAUGCUGCAGCGACGUGAGAUUGACAUUGGCGGCACAAGUAUGUUUAUGCUGGUAGAGCGCAUCUCUAUAGUGGAAUACAUUCAACUGUACACACGUACUAGUUUUCGUUUCGUGUUCCGACGGCCCUUAUUGUCGACUAUAAAGAAUAUCUUCACCUUGCCUUUUCAUCGAAACGUCUGGAUAGCGAUCGCCAUAUUUCUUGUUCUUGUCUUCUGCUUGUUACACGUAUCUAUGAAAUGGGAACACUACCGAGGUACUUCGAAAAAUUCCGCUGCUUACUGGAAUCAAUUGAAUGUCAGCGAACCGAAGGUUAUCGAUGAUCUUUUUGUCCUUUUAGGUGCAAUCGUGCAACAAGGAUAUUCGUAUGAGCCAUAUAGAAUUCCAUCUCGAAUCAUCACUCUUAUGUUACUACUGGCUUCACUGAGCCUUUACGCGGCUUACACGGCGAACAUCGUGGCUCUUUUACAGUCUACCACAGAUUCGAUCAAAACCCUUUCCGAUCUCUUGUAUAGCCCGUUAACUCUUGGAGUGCAGGAUAUACCAUACAAUCGAUAUUAUUUUAAGGCUUCUCAAGAUCCUAUUAGGAAGGCGAUCGUGGAGCAGAAAAUAGAACCGAGAGGACAUAAAUCUAACUGGAUGAGUCUGGAAGAAGGAGUACGCCGCAUACGAAACGAACCUUUCGCGUUUUAUUGCUUACGAAGCUCGAUAUACUACAUCAUGCAACACACAUAUCAGGAAGAGGAGAAAUGCGGUCUAACUGAAAUCGAUUUUAUAAGCACGAUUCUUGUGGGAUACCCGCUUAUUGCGAUACAAAAACAAUCACCUUAUUUAGAAAUAAUAAAAAACGGAGCUUUGAAACUGCAAGAAUAUGGGCUCAAGCAUCGCGACGAAUAUCGCAUGUUUACGAACAAACCAAUGUGUUCGAGUCAGACUGGCUUCAUUACCAUCGGUUUUACAGAAUGCUACUUUGCGAUAGUUGUGAUGGGCUACGGAGCGCUACUCAGCGUAAUCGUAUUUGUAUUCGAACUGUUAUGGCAUAAAAGGCAAAAUGUAAAUAUGAUAGAAGAGACUGUGGUAGAAGAAAGGGAUCCUGAAACCGUCGACUAUAUUAACUAGACUAUUGCAAAAUGUGUUAUUGGACAAAAUUUAGAAGAUUUAAAACUUUCUAAAUUACUGAUGCGGCAAGCAAAUUAACUUUAUUAUUCUGAGGAUUCUUUCCGCGAUUUUUAAGAAGGAAAGUCGAUAGUCAAUAUUUAUUUAGCGUAAACACUAA